AUGGGGCUCCCCGAAGUCCAGCGCCAGCUGGUGCUGCUGUGGGCCCUGGUGUGGGCACAGGGGGCAGGGUCUGCCUGUCCCUCCUGCGGAGGCCCCACACUGGCACCCCAAGCAGAACGAGCUCUGGUCCUGGAGCUAGCCAAGCAGCAGAUCUUGGAGGGGCUACACCUGACCAGUCGUCCCAGAAUAACUCACCCUCCACCCCAGGCAGCGCUGACCAGAGCCCUCCAGAGACUACAGCCGGGAAGUGUGGCUCCAGCGAAUGGGGAGGAGGUCAUCAGCUUUGCUACCAUCACAGAGUCUUCCGCUUCAGCCUGCAGCUCCACACUUACCUUCCACCUGCCCACAGCUCGGUCCCAGCGCCUGUACCACGCCCGCCUCUGGCUGCACGUGCUCCCCACCUUUCCCGGGACUCUUUACUUGAGGACCUUCAGGUGGAACCCAGGGAGGCGGCGCCGCGGGGGGUCGCGCACCCUCCUGGCCCAGCACCAGACGACAACCCCAGGCUGGCACGCUCUGACUCUGCCCUCUAGUGGCUUGAGGGGGGAGGAGUCCGCUGUCCUGAAUCUCCAGCUGGACUGCAGACUCCUAGGAGGCAACACCACUGCCGUCCCACAGUGGCUCCUGGACACAGCGGGAGAGGAGCGGCCCUUCCUGGAAUUGAAGGUCCGGCCCAGUGGGCCUGGAGCAGGCCGUGCCAGGAGGAGGACCCCCACCUGUGAGCCCGAGACCCCCUUAUGUUGCAGGCGAGACCAUUAUGUAGACUUCCAGGAACUGGGAUGGCAGGACUGGAUCCUGCAGCCAGAGGGGUACCAGCUAAAUUACUGCAGUGGACAGUGCCCCCCUCACCUGGCAGGCAGCCCCGGCAUUGCUGCCUCCUUCCAUUCUGCUGUCUUCAGCCUCCUCAAGGCCAACAACCCUUGGCCCUUGGGUACUUCCUGCUGCGUCCCUACUGCCCGAAGACCCCUCUCUCUCCUCUACCUUGACCGUGACGGCAAUGUGGUCAAGACAGAUGUGCCAGAUAUGGUGGUGGAGGCCUGUGGCUGCAGCUAG